AAACUAGAUGCAGAUUUAAAAAGAAAGAAUGAUACAAUGGCAGAAGAACUAAGAUACCACGAGAACCUAAUUAAAGAAAUGGAAGCAGAGUUGGUAAAAGAACAAACCAUCUUUGAGGAACAGAAAACCAAAGCUAGAGAAUAUCUAAAGGAUUUACAGAAUAAAUCAGCUGUGAAAAUCCAGGCAGCCUUUCGAGCACAUCAAACAUACAAAAUGUACGCACCGAUUCUAAGACAGAAAAAGCAGGAGUUAAAAAGAAAAGGAGAAAUGCAGGAGAAAAUGGAUCGGGAAAGGAAAGCAUUAGAGGAAAAAGUAAAGUUAAAACUUGAAGAGAAGAAAUGGAAAGAGGAGGAGAAAAGGCUCAAUGAGGAGAUUGAGAAAAAGAAAAUGGAAGAAGCCAAGAGGCUAGAACAUUUGGAACUGGAGAGGAGGCAGAGAGAG